CCUUAGAAUUUUCCGAGUCAAUAAAAAGUUUAGCAAUGGCGAGCCAAGCAUUGUCGGACAACAUGGAGCCAUGGCUGGACCUUCUGGGCAAGGUCGUGCUGGUGACCGGCGCUUCCUCUGGUCUCGGCCGCGACUUUUGUCUCGAUCUCGCCAAAGCCGGUUGCCACGUCGUUGCCGCCGCUCGUCGCGUUGAUCGCCUUAAGUCCCUGUGUGACGAAAUUAAUGGCCUCACUCUAUCGACUCCGUCGUCUUCUAAGGGAAGCGUCAGAUCUAUGGCAGUUGAGCUUGAUGUGUGCGCCGAAGGACCGACAAUAGAGAAAUCCGUACAGAGGGCUUGGGAGGCGUUUGGGCGAAUUGAUGCUUUGGUUAACAAUGCCGGAAUCAGAGGUAAUGUCAGAUCUCCCUUGGAUUUGUCGGAGGAGGAAUGGAACAACGUUAUGAAAACAAACUUGACGGGGACGUGGUUGGUGUCAAAAUAUGUUUGUAUACGGAUGCGCGAUGGAGGUCGGGGAGGAGCAGUCAUUAACAUUUCUUCUAUUGCUGGUCUUAGUCGUGGGCAGUUGCCUGGUGCUGCUGCCUAUGCUUCCUCGAAGGCUGGUCUGAAUUCGUUGACAAGGGUUAUGGCCGUUGAAUUGGGGGCACACAAGAUCAGAGUGAAUGCAAUCUCACCGGGGCUUUUCAAGUCUGAGAUAACACAGGGACUGAUGCAGAAAGAUUGGCUGUCCAAUGUGGCUGCCAAAACUGUCCCUUUAAGAACAUUCGGCACCUCCGAUCCAGCAUUGACAUCGCUAGUUCGAUAUUUGAUUCAUGAUUCCUCAGUAUAUGUUUCUGGAAAUGUAUUUAUUGUAGAUGCCGGUGCUACUCUGCCAGGCGUCCCUAUUUUCUCUUCCCUGUAAGCUGUUGUGGUAUCAGAUAUCUUUGUGUGUGUAAGAGCGCCCAACUAAGAUCCUGAAUUACUUGGUAAGAACUAACAACUAAAGGACUAAACCUUAAUUAUAGAUAUUAGUACAAAAAAAAAAGUUUGGUCAAGGGCGAUCGUAAUUCUUGAAAAUUGAAUAACAGAAUUCAUUAGGAUUGAAUUAACAGCAGAA